AUGGCAAUUUCCGGGGAAGAGUGUCGCAGGAUGACAGUCCACCACCGCUGCAUGCAUCGCGACUUAUUCGAGUCCUCCGAAAUUUGGCGCACAAAAAACCUUCCGGCUUUUUCUUUUCCUUCUGCCCCAUUCGGCUGUUGCACUAGCUUUUCUGCUGCGGUAACCAACUGUUUCUUUUACCCUACCACAGUACACACACGUCACUCCGACGCUUCACCUCAAACACCCGCUGGGGAUGCGUCUGAAUGUACCAGCGAGGGAUUAUGCUCAUUGGCAGAUGGCCCGGUUCUUAUCUGGUCCCCAGAUAAGGAGGAACGCAUACGUUUUCGUAAGGCGAAUGCUCGGACUCCUAAAGAAUAUCUAGUUCAGUGCCGAUAAAGAAUUUGCCCUUUGCUGGAAUAAUAGGUCUUCUGUGGUUACAGACCUUGGACGGUAGCUUACCAUUACUCAUCAGGGUUACGCCGUCGAAGUUUCUCGUCAGCAGUCGCGUAGCUAACUCGUCGUCGGCGUAGUCACCUCAGAUCAUCUCGCUGCCCAGCUGUUAGCGGUAGAAGGCGUCACCUAUAGUUCAAUUAGCGCGGUAUCGUAACGCUUGGCAGGUCAUCUGUGACAGAAGUAACACGUUGUCCAUUGCAUUUCAUAACGCCCUAUCGGCGCAACCGACUACAACAGUGCGCACCCUGUUGGGCCGGGAAGAUAUCACGGCCACAUAUUGGGCGGAGGUACGUCCAGGUUCGGCGUUGCAUCAAUCUCCCACUAGUGAAACUCCGCUUACCUAGCGGUAGUCGCAUGCAAGCAUUCAUAGAUUCGCCUAUUCCGGAUAGAUUCCGGAUUGUCCAGAAGCAGGCCACCCGAAUCUAUUGCUCGGAAACCGACCCCUUUUUGUUCGCGUCUCCCUCCGGCAUCCGGUGGUUCUCCUCAUUUUGGACGGCUGAUGGUCCAACCUCCCUCCUCAGGAAGUGACGAAACUCUCUCCAUCACAACUCUUAUCAUCUUUCCAGCUAGCACCACCACUUUCGGUUUUUCAUAGCUUGAUUCUAACUAAUUUCAGCGAAGUGGCGGAUGACCAUCAAAUACAAGAGUUGUGGAUCAAUGACCACGCACGUCACCUCGUGCAUUUCGCUGAGACCAUCAGCGCUCCCACGGAGAUGGGAAAGGCAUCAAGUCCGGCCAGUUGGAAGUUUUCUUCCUUUUUCCUUGGAUGUUUUCAGCUUUUGAUGCAUGGGUUACAUUCUGCUGUUUAAUUGUUUCUUUUUCUAUUUUGAAAUCAUUAGUUCUUCUGUAUAUCAGAUUGCACUCUCUCAGUCGGCCACUCCCCAUUCAGUGUUCUCUUUUUAAUCCUCUCCCGCCAAGAUGACGAGAUUCCCCGGUGGGAGUCUCCAAACGGCUACCGGCGUAACAAAUGUACGUCGUAUCCCCAACCUUAACAUUUCAAAGAUUGACAUCGACUUCUUGUCAACCUGCCUCCCCCCACCCGAGCUGCGCUAGUUACCACAGCGGUGCUAUCCCUAGGCAGCUCUCAACCAUAUUUCAUCGCCUAGGUCCCAAUCGAGGUCAAUCGUGUACACAUGCUUGCGUUUGUGGAUACUGGUGCAGGGGUUACGGUCGCGAGUCAAGUCCUACUAAAGUCACUGGGGAUUUUUUAGCAUGGAAGCUUCCCCGGUCCCAGCGGUUGUCGGUAUGGCUGGGAUUCCCGUCAAGUUUGCGGGCUGCGCCUUGCUAUCUCUGCACGUUGGGAAGCUGACCCUUUUCCAGCGGAUUCACUUUACAGAGAACAAUCGCAUCUCGCGUGCCGCCGACGCUUACAACCUCACUUUGGGAACGACUUUCUCCAGCGUCUUCCCUCCUGGACCCUUAACUACCACGACCAAUUGUUCAUCAUGA